AAAAAGAAAGCUGGCGCUGCUGGCUGCCCGGUGAGCACUGUUUCUUGUAGCCAAAGAACAACUCCGAUCUCUUUCUCUCUCUCUCUCAAAUUCACAGCACCAAAGAAGAGAGAAGAAAGCGAGAGAGGGGGGAAAACCUCGAACUUCUUAGCGGAGCUCUUUCUCUCCCAUGGACGAGCUGGCGCCCGCCCGCCUCGGCGGCCGCGCCUCCGCCGGCCGCUCCAAGAAGGCCGCCGGAGGCUUCAAGAAGGCCGCAAGCGGGGCGGCCGAGGCGGCCAAAUCGGCCUACGACGACGUGUUUGGCGGGCCGCCGCGGUACGCGGUGCCGUUCGCCGCCCGAUUGGACGACUACUCCGAGAUCUUCGCCGGCCUCGCCGACUCCUGCUCCAUCCCUGUGCUCGACCUCCCGCUGGCCAUGGGAAGCCUCGACGAUGCCCCGGUCGACGCCAGGGGGUCCAGCUUUGAUUAUGCUGAGAUUUUCAGGGGCUUCGAUGGUGGGGAGCUUGCGGUUCCCUAUCAAGAACUCUUCGCGGAGCCCAAAAAGGAGGAGAUUUCUUCUUCGAAUGAGUGGGAACAAAGAAGUACUGGAUUUGAUCCACAGGUGAAAGAAUUAUCUGAAUUUCCUCCAAAAUAUCCUAAUGGAGAUAAUGUGGCAUGCCCAGAAGAGGAUCAAUUCUCAUCCAACUCUAACCACUCGGAUGAUGGCUCAAAACAGUUCAACAUGUCAUAUAACAAGAUGAGCCGAGGAAACAUGGAGGAUGCAAUAAGUGAGAGAACACAUGUAACUCAACUUCAUGCUGUUCCUAGGUUUAAAAUUGUGGUCGAUGGUUGCGACCCCCUGCAGAAUAAUACAAGUGACAAUUCUCUUGACAUGGUGAAUGAUGAGAUGGCCAAUCUGGAUCAAGGAAGAAAAGUUCCACCAUCCUCUUCUGGUGACAGUACAAAGAGUGCGGGAAGUGACUUGAAAUCAGAUCAGAAAUUAUAUGCCACUAAAUUGUCUGCCUCACAAAAUGGUCAUGCAAAAGUGAAGCAGCAUUUGUGCUCUUCCAGUGAUCACUCAACAUCCAUGGAGGAUGUUUCUUCUGCGGGUGCUACAUAUUUAACUAUAUCUGACAUUAGUCUUCAGACAAAACCCCUGGAAGUCCCACCACCAUCAAGGACACCACCAUCAAGGCCACCACCUAAGUUAUUUAAUAAGCAGGGGCAUUCUGCAGUAAAGAUGUAUGCAAAUUCAAGAACUGAUCUAGAUGAAGUAAAACCAUGUAAACCUAUUUCAAAUCAUCAAACUCGCUAUGGUGUGGCCUCUUCAAAAAGCCAUGCACAUCAGGAGUCUGUGAAGGACCAUUCACCUUCUAUUUUUGAUGUGGAGGUAGAUGCUAGUUCAGCUGCUGCAGCUUCUGCUGUUGCUAUGAAAAAGGCAAUGGAACUAGCUCAAGCUAGAUUAAAAAGUGCAAAGGAGUCAAUGGGGAGGAAACAUGAUAAUCUUCAAAGCCGCAAGAAGUUGGGUCAGUAUGAAGCUAUAAAAUGUAUGGAAAGAAAGGUGGAAAAUGCUUCCCAGGAAGUAGAAAGCUUCGGCGAAAUGCAAACUCAGAAAACAGUGGUAAGGGAGGAUAAAAAGAUAAAUGGCGUUGGUUCAGAGGAAAGACAUGUAGUCAUAAGCGCAACCAAGAUAGCUUUGGGUUAUGAAGAGAAGGAAAGGCAUGUAGUAUCAGCUAAAGAGUCUCAACCAUCCAUGCAAGGGAAUGAAUUUAAAUCUUCUGCAGUGUCCCAGAAGUUGGAAAAUGAUUCUGGAAAGUGGAAAACAGAUAAAGAAUUCUAUGAGCUGAUAAAUGAUGAGAAGAAAGAUAAAAUGGCCAGGGAGACCUCCAAACAGUACAUUAUUGCGAAGAAUACAAAAGAAACCACAAUGAUUAGUGAGAACAAGGAAAAUAUCAAUAAAGAUGCUGGAUGGGCCUAUGAGUUUACAAGAAUCAGGAAGUUGGGGGAAGAUACUGGAAAUAAUGAAAGGGCAGAAAAUAUUAUGAAAUUGAAAGAUGGUAAAAUAACUUGCAGGGAGGGGGAAACCAAGGUGGUACGAGAUAUGAUCCCAGAAGCUUGUGUGCAUGAAGAAGAAAAAAGUAUGCUAGAAGAGGAUCAGGUUCCUGACCAAGAGGAAAAUGAGAACCUAGGGGAGGUUCAAGAGCCCAAUGUUCAUGAAGAAGAGGUAAAAAAGCAAUAUAUUAGUGAGAAGGCUGCUGCUUGUGGAGAGAGUGAAAAGGCAUCAAAACCUUCAGAUGCUGCUUGUAAGUUUGAGGGGAAUUAUGCCAGUGAAAAUGAAGAAAGAAAGUUGGAUGCUGCUAAAGAGGCUUGUAAAGGUGAAGACAAUGAGAAGAAAUUGAGUACAACUGUACCUUUCGAGCAUGAAGAUAAUUUGAAUGUGGACUGGCAAACAGUUAUUCAGGAUGAAAUUGAUAAGGAAAUUGAAGUCCCUCAUGGACAGGCAGCUAGUCAGUAUGAAGAUUCUGAAGAGGCAAGAAUUAAAGGAAAAGUUGAAUGCUGUCAUGGAGGAAAUGGACAUAGAUCAGAAGAAACCUGGGUGCGACUCGAGCAGGAAGAAAGUAAAAUAGUAAAUGCGACUCCAGAGGCAUGUUUGUGCAUGUGGGAAAGAGGGGAGAAAAUGGAAGCAGAUCAGGCAGCUGGUCAGUGUGAAGAUUCUGAAAAGGCAAGAUUUAAAGGAAAAGUUGAAUGCUGUUAUGCAGGAAAUGGAUAUAGAUCAGAAGUCACCUGGGUGCGACUUGAGCAGGAAGAAAGUAAAAAAGUAAAUGGGACUCACGAGGCAUGUUUCUGGGCAAAAAAUGAGUUAAAGCAAGUUGCUCCAGAAGCUGAUAAGCUGGAAGGGGGUUUGAAGAAACAUAAAACAGCAAUAGGGGCUAUGGGACAUGAAGAACAAGAGAAGAAAACAGGAUUGGCAAAGAAGGCUUGCUGGCAAAAUCGCAAGGAAAUGAAAACACCAGAUGCUCGGCCGGAAUUUAUCCAAAAUGACAAGAAACAAGAGGGAGAUCAAGCGCUGCUUCAGCUGGAAAAUGAGCAGGCUGUAUUUGAAAAUGGCCAAGUGGCGACAAGAAGCGAGGAUGUUAAAGAAGUUCGUGUCGCACCGGAUAUUAUGGAAGAAGUUAAAAAAUUGAAUGGAGCUCGAGAUGUCUUCCAGAGGGAUGUGGGCACGGUUAUGGAAGAUGUUCGGCAAGCUUCUUUUUUGGCUGAGAAAGGUAAUAUACCAAGUUCACCUCAAGUUGCUAUGGAGAGUAGUGCUUGGGCAUCCAAUGGAACUGGUGAAGAUGUUCGACAAGCUUCUUUGUUGUCCAAGAAAUGUGAAAUACCAAGUUCACCUCAAGAUGCAAUGGUGAGUAGCGUUUUGGCAUCCGAUAAUACGGCAAAUACUGCAAACAAUUUGCAUAAAACAGGAGAAAGGAAAAAUGGAAGAAGAAUAGAAAGAGAAACGGAUCGAGUGAAAGAGCAAGCAAGAAUAUUAGAAGAAGAGAGAGGGAGGGGGAGAGAGAGAAAAAAAAACAGAGUUGCUGUUGAAAGAGCUACCCGUGAAGCACAUGAAAAGGCAUUUGCUGAAGCCCGGGAAAGAGCAGAAAGGAUAGCAGUGGAGAGAGUUACUGCUGAAGCUAGACAAAGAGCACUAGCAGAGGCCCGAGAGAAAGCAGAAAAGGCUUCUCUUGAAGCUCAAGAAAGAUCACUAGCUGAGAAAGCUUUGAGAGAAGCUAGAUUGAGGGCGGAGCGAGCAACUGCAGAAGCUCCGGAGCGUGCCGUUGAAAGAGCACUUGCCGAACAAGCUGCUUCAGAAGCAAGAGCAUGCAUGGAGAGAUUUAAUGCCACUGCUAGCUACAAGAUGAGGAAAGAUAAUGUGGCAGAUGAUCAUCUGAAGGCCAGAAAUAAGGACAUGCAGGAUGUUGCACAUGGUGCACAAUUUCAGAGUACAAAUUCUUCUAGCACUUGCCAAAGAUAUUCAGAUUUUAGCAUGCAAGCUGAGGGUGAAUCAAAUUUAAGAUAUAAAGCGAGACUUGAGAGACAUCAACGGACAAUAGAACGUGCGGCAAAAGCUCUUGCAGAAAAGCAUAUGCAUGAUCUUCUUGCACAAAAAGAGCAGGCAGAAAGAAAUAGGUUAGCAGAGUAUUUGGAUAUUGAAGUCAAGAGAUGGUCAAACGGAAAAGAAGGAAAUUUGCGGGCUUUGCUGUCAACACUGCAAUAUAUCCUUGGGCCUGAGAGUGGUUGGCAGCCAAUUCCAUUGACAGAUGUUAUUACAGCUGCUGCUGUAAAGAAAGCUUACAGGAAGGCUACUCUUUGGGUUCAUCCAGAUAAAUUGCAGCAGAGGGGUGCUAGCAUUCAACAGAAGUACAUUUGUGAGAAGGUUUAUGACCUCCUUAAGGAAGCUUGGAAUAGAUUCACCUCAGAAGAGCGAUAGCAGAUGGAAUGAGAACUACAUACUUCAGAGUUCAAGCUUUUGCUGAUUGUGGAGUAAGAGGCAAUGUAAUUUUGGAUCCAACAAGUUUGAUAACAUUGCUCAAUUGUAGUCAUUCUUUUGAAUUUAUGUAAAGAUGCAGUUUCUAGAAGCAUAUUUUAGAAUGCUAGUCCUGCUCCAACGAGAUGUAACAGAUAGCCCAAGUGCUUUAAUUGCAAUGAAAUCCAUGGUGCAAGAAGUUUCAUCAUUUCU